AUGUGCCCAUUUACUUGGUAUGCCCUCACGAGCAACAGCAAGCGCAUACUCUCCUGGAUUGUCUGGCCCGAAAUUCCCGGAGAGGUGGCGGCUUGGCCAACGAAAUUCCUGAAGAAGUUGUCCCAUGAUUCAUCCACGCUGUUGGGAUCGGCUUCCCACGCCCUCUGGAGCUCCUCAAGGUACACGCUGCUCGUGCCAUCGAGGAAACUAUCUGUGAGCUUUGAAAGCGGCACAGGGCGGGGAAUCGGGGCGGCGUUGUGCCUGGCAGAAGUUGAACGGAAGCCGCGGGAGGGCAGCGGACUGAUGCGGGGCCUGGUGACGUGGUGGGAGGCCUGAAUGAGGUUUUUCCUGACGGCAUGCCUCGCCACGCCGGACACGGCUCUGAACCACGCCAUCUCUGA